UCCUGGACAGACUACAGGCAUGGCACAGUACCCCUGGUACCCCGGAGCUCUGGAGCUCAGAGAGAUGGCUCAGAUCGGCCUCGCAUCAUCACCGGCUACGUCCAGCAACAGGACUCACAGGUGUCUGUAAUGGCCUGCGUUAAACUCCACAGCCUCCUGCAGACAGUUCUCUCUCUGGGCUGGGACGAGGUGUGCUUCCUGCUGGGGCGACUAGGUGCCCCCCUGUGGCCCGGCGGGGUAAUGGAGGCCGACCCCAACGGAGGACACACGGAGACCUUUUCCCAGCUGGUGCCCAUCGUGCGUACCCUCCUGGACCAACACGCUGACCCCGUGACCCUGCACGGCCUGCUGCCCAGCCUGCCAGUCACCAACGGCAGCCCCACCUUCGCCCAGGACCUCCAGAGCUACAGCCACACAGUGGAGUGGCUGGACUUCUACCAACGCCACGUGCAGCCCACCAUGGAGCAGUAUGAACUGGAUCAGUUUGGGAAGAGUCAUGACCUCAUGUCUAACUUCUGGAACUCAUGCUUUGAUGACCUGAUGAGCACUGCCAUACGGCGGGACAAAGAGAGGACCUACAGCAAAGACAAGUUCCAGGAGGUGAUAGUGGACCCGUACCUGAGGCGGGUACGCAGUGAAAACAGCCGUUACCACAGUGGUCAGAAACAGAGCUCCGGCCAGCAGGGAGUUGUGUGGCGCCACUGGAAGUCCCUCCGCAGGCUGCUCACCAGCGAGAGAGGCCUGGGCACACAGAGUCCCACUAGAGGUGAAAUGGAAGUUGUCCAGUGCAGAGACGUAUUCUAAGAUGCGUCUGAAACUAGUGCCUAACUACCAGUACGACACUCACCAGGAAGCCAGCGCCUUCAGAGACAAUAUGGGAGCUGAUAGUCCUCGCAGCUCAGAACCCCUCCCAUUGGCUGUUGCCAAGGAGGCCAAAGUGAGUGACAUGGAGGAUGACCAGUUAGGAGAAGAGGACAUUGUCUUUCUGGACAAUAAGUGAGUGACUUGAU